AUGCAUUCCUCAUACUCCGAAACGGUCGGACAAAUUCUGCCUGAAGGUAUUGAACGGCAAUUACGUUCCCAAUUAAGAGCUUUACGUUUUGAACACCCACAAGAAUAUGCUAGACUACAACAAUUAGAAGUUGGAAAAUUUUUAGCUUCAAAAUCUUUGCAUAAUUGGCUAAGUGAAUGGGAAUUGAGUAGAUGGGAUAGUGAAAGGAAAAAUAAUAAUGAACUUUUGUGUUUUAAUUUAAAUAAUAACAGAAAUAAUUUGUGGCAGAGAAGACAACAAAGAAAUUUUAAGGUGUAG